CCGAGCUGCAGGAAGGAGCUGCCAGCUCUAGCCGGGCUUGCCUCAGCGCGCGGAUCUGCACCAUGCCCCGCAUAGAUGCAGAUCUGAAGCUGGACUUUAAGGAUGUCCUGCUCCGACCCAAGCGAAGCAGCCUCAGGAGCCGAGCCGAGGUGGGCCCCUUCGAGAGCCGCAGUGAGGGUGGAUCUUGAGCGUACCUUCACGUUUCGGAACUCGAAGCAGACCUACUCGGGGAUCCCCAUCAUUGUGGCCAACAUGGACACCGUGGGGACAUUCGAGAUGGCAGCAGUGAUGUCACAGCACUCCAUGUUUACGGCAAUUCAUAAGCACUACGCCCUGGAUGAAUGGAAGUUCUUUGCUGCUAAUCACCCAGAAUGUCUGCCGCACGUAGCCGUGAGUUCGGGCAGCGGGAAGAGCGAUCUGGAAAAGAUGAGCAGCAUCUUGGAAGCCGUGCCGCAGGUCAAGUUUAUCUGCCUGGACGUGGCCAAUGGGUACUCAGAACAUUUUGUGGAAUUCGUGAAGCUGGUGCGUGCCAGAUUUCCAGAACACACUAUCAUGGCCGGGAACGUGGUGACAGGGGAGAUGGUGGAAGAGCUUAUUCUUUCUGGAGCAGACAUAAUCAAAGUGGGCGUCGGACCAGGCUCUGUGUGUACCACCCGCACCAAGACCGGGGUGGGCUACCCCCAACUGAGUGCCGUGAUCGAGUGUGCGGACUCCGCCCACGGCCUGAAGGGGCACAUCAUCUCCGACGGAGGCUGCACUUGUCCAGGAGAUGUCGCCAAAGCCUUUGGGGCCGGAGCCGAUUUUGUCAUGCUGGGAGGGAUGUUUUCGGGCCACACUGAGUGUGCCGGAGAGGUGAUUGAGAAGAACGGGCAGAAACUCAAGCUCUUCUACGGGAUGAGCUCCGAAACCGCGAUGAAGAAACACGCAGGAGGGGUCGCCGAAUACAGAGCUUCCGAGGGCAAGACCGUGGAAGUGCCUUACAAAGGGGACGUAGAAAACACUAUUCUGGAUAUUCUUGGGGGACUGAGGUCCACGUGCACUUACGUGGGGGCCGCCAAACUCAAGGAGCUCAGCAGGAGGGCGACGUUCAUCCGGGUGACGCAACAGCACAACACGGUGUUCAGCUAACCUUGAGGAUGCGGUGACUUCUGGCUCACGGGAGCUUCCACGCACACCUGCUCUCCCACCUCCUCCUGUGACAUCAGAGAUUCUGGCUGCUCCUGAAUGUUGGGCUCCUGCCUCCUGCUCCCCCACCUGCCGUCCGGAGGCUUUGGGGCUCCCCUAGUGCCUUCCGGGGCCCCGGAAGCAGGGCGCUGACCGGGUCUGUGGUCAGAGCCCAGCUGCCUGGAACUCAUAACCUCAUUGUUCAGCUCCCCUUUUCCUUCCUUCCUUCCUUCCUUCCAUCCUUCCUUCCUUCCUUCCUUCCUUUUUUAAAGAAAAAUGGUUUCACUUUAAUAUAAUGCAAUUAUCUUAA